CGGGCCCGGGCGCUCCGCGAGGGCUCCCGCCCGCCAUGGGGGAGCUGCGCGAGGUGGAGGGCAGCGCGCUGCGGCGGCUCCUGCGCCGCGAGCCGGGCCCCGGGCGCUGCCUGCUGCUGGACUGCCGGCCCUUCCUGGCCCACGGCGCCGGCUGCAUCCGCGGCGCGCUCAGCGUGCGCUGCAACAGCAUCGUGCGGCGCCGCGCCAAGGGCGCCGUCAGCCUGGAGCAGAUCCUGCCGGCCGAGGCCGAGGUGCGCGCCCGCCUGCGCGCCGGCCUCUUCGCCGCCGUGGUGCUGUACGACGAGCGCAGCGCCCGCGCCGAGAGCCUGCGGGAGGACAGCACCGUCUGGCUGGUGGUGGGGGCGCUGCGCCGCGACACGGCGCGCACCGACAUCCGCCUGCUGCAAGGAGGCUACGAGAGGUUUUAUUCAGAGUACCCAGAAUUCUGUGCAAAAACGAAAUCCCUGAGCAGCAUUUCUCCACCAGCCAGCAUGGAGCCGAUCGAACUGGGGUGCAGCUCCUGUGGGACCCCCCUGCAUGAUCAGGGAGGCCCGGUCGAAAUCCUUCCCUUCCUCUACCUUGGCAGUGCGUAUCACGCAGCCCGGAGGGACAUGCUGGACACACUGGGCAUCACGGCCCUCUUGAACGUCUCGUCAGACUGUCCCAAUCACUUUGAAGGACACUAUCAGUACAAGUGCAUCCCAGUGGAGGAUAACCACAAGGCUGACAUCAGCUCGUGGUUCAUGGAAGCAAUAGAGUAUAUAGACUCGGUGAAGGACUGCCAUGGCCGGGUACUGGUGCACUGCCAGGCUGGCAUCUCCCGCUCUGCCACCAUCUGCUUGGCCUACCUGAUGAUGAAGAAGCGUGUGAAGCUAGAGGAGGCUUUUGAGUUUGUCAGACAGCGCAGAAGCAUCAUCUCCCCCAACUUCAGUUUCAUGGGGCAGCUGCUGCAGUUUGAGUCCCAAUUGCUGGCCACGUCUUGUGCUGCUGAGGCUGCCAGCCCCCCGGGGCCUCUGAGAGAGCGGGGCAAGGCCUCCUCCACGCCGACCUCCCAGUUUGUGUUCAGCUUCCCGGUCUCCAUGGGCGUGCACACGACCCCCAGCAGCCUCCCCUACCUGCACAGCCCCAUCACCACCUCGCCCAGCUGUUAGCACAUGGCACGAACCACAGCACUGGGGCAGCGCCUCCAGCAGGAGGGAUGCUGAUCUCGCAGCCACUGCCAGCCAUGAGACUGCAAUAACUUUGACUGGCAUCGCUGGCCAGCCCUGCCACUCUCCCCUCGACACCGAGCAAUAAUGGCUGGUCUGCCGCUGGCUUCGAGCGGCCUGUGGGGGUCCUUGUUUUUGCAGAGAAACUCCUUACCUCAUUGUUUUUGUUUUUUUUUUUUUUAAGCAGCAAAGCUUGAAGUUGUGAAUUCCACAAAUCCUGACAAUGUGUCUGACCAGUUUUGUUUGGGGAAGAAAAUUACAAUUUCCCAAAGUGCCUGGUUUUGAUUUUUUUCCAUAAUAUUUCUUUAAUAAAAUCCCCCAAAACAAA